AUGGACAUGAGUGUUGUUCUUCCUGAAGAGUGCUUAUCCCAGAUCAUCUCCCUUACAUCUCCCAGAGAUGCCUGCAGGUUAUCAGCAGUGUCUUCUUUUUUCAAAUCCAUUGCUUAUUCUGAUGCCGUUUGGGAGAGAUUUCUGCCCUCAGAUUACGAGGAAGUUAUGUCAAAUUCGGCCUCGUUGUCUCGAUUGAGUACUUGCUCCUCCAAGAAGGAUCUUUACUUUCAUCUCGCAAAUAAACCCAUCUUCAUCAACAGCAGCAAUAUGAGCUUUGGACUACAAAAAGAGAGUGGAAAAACAUGUUGCAUGUUUGGGGCAAAAGCAGGGAUUUCUGUUACAUGGGGAAGUAUAUCCUAUUGGACAUGGCCAUCUCUACCAGAAUCCAGGUUUCCUGAAGUAGCUGAACUAAAGCCUACUUGUUGGUUUGAAGUGAGGGGAAAGAUAGAGACUAAAUAUUUGUCCCCUGAAACCACCUAUGCAGCUUAUCUGGUGUAUAAGUUUGCUGACUCCAGAUAUGGAUUUGACACAAGACCUGUAGAGCUGUCUUUCUAUGUUGAUGGAAUGGAGGAGGAGGAAAGAAGUAAGGUAUUGCUGGAUGCUCAGGCAAGAGCACCGAACCUGCCUCAAGAUCGAGGAGAUGGGUGGAUGGAGAUUGAGAUGGGUGAAUUCUACAUAAAGCUUGGAGAAAAUGGAGGUGUAAUGUAUAGUCUGUUUGAUUUUGAUGGCUUCAGCAGGAAGCAGGGGCUGAUUAUAGAAGGAUUUGAGCUGAGGCCUAAAGGUGUCUGA